AUGAUUCGUUAUCUCCCCUGGUCGGCGCGUCUAGCCCGAACAGUUCAUCCUCGACUUGGACUUCCUCUAAAUAGCUUCAGUUCGUUUUCAACUUUAUCGUUUCGGCCCAUUCCGUCCUCCCGUCCGUCUUCUCGGCCUCAUCUCUCUCCACCCAAUGCUAUCGUUUCUCCCGUCCUGUCCCGAGGCUACGCCCUCAGAUUCGACCCAGUCCCACAGUUUCAUUCCAUCGCGGAUUUGAACGAAUUAAUCGACCAAGUCCAACGGUUCCUCCACACAGGUACCCAACUGGUGAUGACACAGGAAGAUAUUAUGUGGGAGUACGAUGCUUACGUCCAGCAAUUCUGGUGGAUUUUUCGGACCCUCGCUUAUCUGGCAAGGGAGAUUUCACAUCGUUCUUCUGCUACAGGGAGGGCCGCACGAUGCGGGUUCGACCCGUACAUCCUUAAAGUUCACCAGAGGUUCGAGUUACUUUCCAAAGAACUCAAGAAACUCGUGAAGGACUCGAUGACGACUUUGGAAAAGGUAUCCCCCUACCAUCUAAUGAGCUCGAAGUAUACAAUGAUGCUGACAGGACAGGCUACCGAGGCUGUUUCCCAUAGCUCCACUCUCCAGGCCGGCAUCGAGGCAGCAAUGCGAUUCACUAAAGCCGAAAUGCAGAAGUUAGAGACACAAAAAGCGGCUCUGGGUAAGGAAAUCGAGAAUUUGAAGAUGAAACUCCGUGAUUCUGAGCGAGCAUCGCGACAUAUGAUGUACAAAGUACAAAGUAUGGCGCGUGACGGACAUGGGCGACUAUUUUCCGAUUUCGUUGACGCUUUGAGAGCCCAGCGAGGCAGCUGGGAAAACCGGCUUCAGCAAGGAGUAAGGGAAAGAGAUCGGCUGUACGAAGAGCAAGAAGCCAUCAGGAGGAAAGUCGCACAAAAGACUCGCGAGCUAGAGAGUGCCAAAGGCGCCAAAGGUACUCUGGACUCCAUUGGCUCUGAGCUAAGGGGGAAAUCUGGGCAGCUCAACAAGACUAUAUCCCAAUUCCGUGAGGUUCAAGACAAGUGCAUCACGGAGAAGGACCGGAUGUCCCAAAUGUAUGGUAAUUACGUCAUGAAGAUGAGCAUCAAAAUUUCUUUGAUCGAGACUUCAUUCGGAACGAAUGCACUAGCCAAGGCCGUGAUAGAGGUGACAUUGUUAGGACUGAAAUCCCCAGAAAAUGGGGCCAUCUCUGAACAUGCCACUGCGAUUGCCGAUUCUCUGUCGAGCCUUGACCAGAGCGUCGUUGAAGCCGAGGAUGAGGAUGAUCCGUUUGCCCUGGGAGACACUUCUCUGGCGGAUAAGUUGGCGGAGCUGAAACGAGAAUUGAAGUCGACCCGGUUUAGUCACUUUGUGCUAGCAUACGGUAUGCAUCGUCGACCUGAGUGA